AUGUCUGGCCGUACCGGGCAGACCAGCGACGCUGCCGCCAGAGUUGGCGAUACUGCGUCGAUGCGAUCCGCCGCACCUACCCAACAGCGUCAACGGAAUGACGAAUCGUGGUUCGAAGUAUCCUCACAACCUUCCUCAUCGUCUGUUUCUUCCAUAGGUGACGAAAUCGUCACCACCGGUCUUGAAGUUGGAUCGGCUUACGGCGCCCGACGGCGACGCCUACACCCGCAGUCGUACGCCCACCUGCAUACCCAACAUCCCACAUCCGUCGCCAACCAGGCAGUGCAAGCGGGCGCAUGUAGUAGUCAAGAGGAAUACGACGAGACCGAGAGUGAGGAGGAUCAUGUCUUGACCAGCUCCACCGAGAAUAUCACUUCGUCCCAUGUCAAUCGCGGCACCCCCCUCCGACAGGUCUUUCCGGCCCAGCAUGUCGAUUCCGACUCGAGUGACGAAGAUGACGAUGACGAGAACGCAACAGCGUUGGGCAGGCAACCAUCUGAGCCCUUCCGCCCGCAGCCUAAUGCAUUUUCGCACCCACCCUCACACCUACUCCAGCGACACUCAACAAGUUCGUCGAUCCCCCAACAUGCCAGCCGACCGUCCUUUAACCAGCGGUCGAACACUCGAGUCGAACGUCGCACGCCUAAUUUCAUGUCGCCAAGUUACCAGGCUGAUAACGACGCCGCCCUACGCGCUAGCCUGACAACGCUGCUCAGCUGUGCAGCGGCGGCGAGAGCGCGGCCGAAAGAAGACGAGAAAGAGAUGGGCGAAUGUUCCGGCCCGGCGGGUAGCAACCAACCCGUCGAGCUGCGUUUCGUUCCGGAGAGCGAGUUGAUGGCCCCAUCACCUCCUCCGACCCGGUCGAGGGGCCCUAGUCAAUCUCCCCGAGGCACUCCAUCCUCGCCGUUACCACGUGAAGCUGCCCGUGGUGAGAAUAUCAAGCGGGCCGCAACGCCAACAUCGGGCUCGAAGUCACCUCGUGCGGCCAAGAAGAAGAAAACAGCCGCACUGGCGGGUGAAGACACUCUGAUCAGCCCUACACUCCUGACCUGGGUAGUCAGCGCUGGUGUCGUCGUACUGGUCUCUGUCGUUGGCUUCGGUGCAGGAUAUGUCAUCGGGAGAGAGGUCGGCCGCCAGGAAACGCUCGGUGGCUUCGGCGGUGCCGGUAAUAUGAGUGUGGCUGCCGAUGGAGGCAGCUGCGGGCGUGAGGUUAUCAGGAGCAGUGGGGGAACUCUGAAACGGUUCCGUUGGGGCACUGGGAUGGGCCGAAGUAUCGCGGCCUGA